GCUACUACUAGUACUACUAUUACUACUACUACUACUACUGCUGCUACAACUAGUACAACUACUGCUGCUGCUACUACUAGUACUACUAUUACUACUACUACUACUGCUGCUACAACUAGUACAACUACUGCUGCUGCUACUACUAGUACUACUAUUACUACUAAUACUACUGCUGCUACAACUAGAACAACUACUGCUGCUGCUACUACUAGUACUACUAUUACUACUACUACUACCACUACUGCUAACACUACUAGUACUACUACCACUACUGCUGACACUACUACUACUACUACUGCUACUACUACUACUACUAAUACUGCUGCUGCUACAACUAGUACAACUACUGCUGCUACUACUACUAGUACUACUAUUACUACUACAACUACUGCUGCUGCUACUUCUAGUACUACUAUUACUACUACUACUACUGCUGCUACAACUAGUACAACUACUACUGCUGCUGCUACUACUAGUACUACUGUUACUACUACUACUACUACUGCUGCUACAACUAGUACAACUACUGCUGCUGACACUACUAGUACUACUACUACUACUACUACUACAACUAGUACAACUACUGCUGCUGCUACUACUACUAGUACUACU